AUGGUUGCCGACGCGGUCAUCUACCACCCGGCGGUGAGCCACUACCUCAAGUUUGUCGCGACGACCGUGGGCCGCGACAAGACCCUCCGAACCAUCCAAUACUUCUCGCGCUUCCUCGCGUGGUACACGUUGAGGACGAACCACGCGCAGUCGACGGUCAACGUGUUUGACAAUGUCAAGAAGAACUUUGGCAGCGUGCGCAAGGCGAUGAGACUGGGCAAGUUUGUGGAGCACUUCAAGGCCGCGGCGCUGGCGGCCGACUCGAGGGACAUGGACCCCGUCCUGCGCUUCCUCGCCGUCGGCCGGCAGCUGGGCUACGCCGUCUACCUGUCGCUCGACGCCAUCGCCUACUUCGACCAGAGCGGGAUCUGGAAGUUGAAGGAGGGAGCGAGGAUACAGCGCGAGGCAUACCGGGCGUGGCUUGCGGGCCUGCUCUGCAACAUUGUCGCGGGCGUCUACACGCUGUACAACCAGAAGGUGCAGAUGAAGCAGCACGAGGAGAGCGCGGACGUGGAGAAGGCGGUGGAAUUGAAGAAGCUGGUCAGGUAUGCAGACACAACGGGCGAGAGGAGAGGUACGGCGUGGAGACUAAUACUCGACAGUGCGCAAAACGCAGCGCGGCUGCAGCUUCUCUCGGACGUGUGUGAUGCAACGGUGCCGAGCGCCGCGACGGGCUUGGUCAAUUUCGACGAGGGCAUCGUUGGGCUGGCGGGCACGGUGAGUUCGCUGAUCGGCUUGACCGCCCAGUGGGAGAAGACGGCGUGA